CCAUCACAACUCACAAACAACGAGUCCGGGAGAGACACCGAGGACGAGACCGGAGGAAUAGUUCUUCUUUUCUUUAUUUUACCCUUCAGGCUGCUCGGCCUGUUGGGCAGCUUCUGAAAGCUGGCAGUCAUGUCGGCCGUGUGGGACACUGACUAUCUGUGGAGAGAGGUGCAGGGGGCAAAGCUGGCCUCUCUCUUUGGCCUGCAUCAGGCGGAGAGUCAGGGAAAUGAGUCCUUCCAGUUCACCGCCCCCAAGCAACCCAAAAAACCCUCUGCUACUGCAGGGCCGCCUCCAUCUGCUCCAGCUGUUCUGUUUGCUACAGGUGUCCACGCAUUCUGCUAUGUUAAUGGACAGUAUGUGAAGCAGGGUAAGCUGGGUGCAGCCAUCCUGGGUAACCAUGUGACCAAAGAGUAUAAAAUUCUGCUGUAUGGGAGUCAACAGAAGCACAUCACCACAGCCAGAAUACAUCCUGGAUUUAUCCUCACGGUUCAGUCUGGAAACUACAUCACGUUCUACGAUGAUCAGCGUCAGAACUGGUCUCUAAAGUUUGACCCAGAAAAAGCUGGAUUAGAUUUUUGCAAAGAGGUGUGUUUAGCUAAAUUUAACAGCCGGACCUGUGUUGAUGGUCUGGUGGUCCAGGACCUCCUGCAGGGUGAGGGUAUGGCUGUGGAUGUGGGGGACACUGUGGAGGUGGCAUUCUCUGGCUGGCUGCUUCAGAAUCAUGCUGUUGGACAGAUGUUUGAUUCCAACAUUGGCAAAAACAAGCUGCAGAGAGUAAGGCUGGGCUCCGGGAAGGUCCUGAAGGGCUGGGAGGAUGGCAUGGUGGGGAUGAGAAAAAGAGGACGUCGUCUUCUCAUCAUUCCUCCCGGUAUGGGUCAUGGGUUAAAGGGUGUCCCCAGCCAUGUACCAUCAACAAGCACACUGGUGUAUGACGUGGAGAUUCAUCAGGUCAAGUUCUCCAAAGAUGAAGACUGCUUUAGCAGUGGAUCUGCAGACUCUGCCACUGCUUCUCCAGUUCCACUUGACAGUUCAGCUUUAGAAAGUACAGAUCAAUCUGCCGUCUCUGUGUCUCCUGACCAAAGAGAUCAAGAUCAAGCGCCACAUGGUAAAUCAGGAGCCCUAAACGAGCUUCCAAAGAACUCAGAUGAAGCCAAAGCCAAGCUGAUCUCACGCAUGGCUAAGAUGGGUCAGCCCAUGCUGCCUUUCCUCAAAGGGGCCAUCCCAGUUCAGCCUGAACAAGAAAAGAAUGUUGGUGAGUCUGACCCAGUUUGUGAUCCAUUCCCUCAAGAAAUCUCUCGUUCAUCAUCUCCACAGCCUGUUCAGGUGGCUUCUAAACCUUCACCCUGUUCUGUGUCUCCAAAACCUGUGGCCAUCCAGCAGCCAGAGACCAACACCACAGGAUUUCCCCAACAAGUGGACGUCUCCUCGGGUCGGGCUUUCCAGCCUUACACUGCAUCACAGCUGCAUCCUUUUGCAUCAGUCUUUCCAUCCCAAUACCAAACUGCAUACCAGGCUGUUGACAUCAGCUCCUUCCUGUUGACCGAGACACGACAACACAACACUGAAGUCCGAUUAGCUGUAGGAAAGGUGGCUGACAGACUGGACCAGCUGGCCUCCAAGGUGGAAAACCUACAGAAGCAGGGUUUCUGUGCAUUCGGCAUGUCCUCCAUAUCACUGGAACCUGCCAUGAUCUUGAACAACAUACAGAGAAUCGUUCAGGAGAACAGCUCUCUGAAGAAGGAGGUUCUGGAGAGGGAUUGUAAAGUGGAAGAGCAGACCCGUAAAAUAGGAGAGCUCAUUGAACAGAGGCAGAGGUACAUGGAGCAGAGCAACUUGUUGAUGGAGCAGAGCAACAGUACUCAGCAAACCUGCAGCCAACAAAACAAUACCAGACUGGUACUGCUGAAAACUGAACAUGAAAAGGUGUGUUUAUCUGAAGAGCUGAGUUCCUCCUCCUCCUCUGAAGUGUGUGAGCUGCAGGAUAAAGCAGUGCAGCUCCAGCAGAGGGCAACAGAGCUUCAGUCCCAGCUAGAUACUGCACUACAGGAGGGCCAACACCACUGUUCCCUCAUCAGCUCCCUGCAGACCCAAGUAGAAGAGCUGAAGAAUGAGAGGGAUCAGUCUCAGCAGGAGUGGAGAGCAGAAAAACAGAAGAGCCGGAAGAUGGAACUCACACUGAAAACCAUGGAGGAGGACAUACAUGACCUCAGAACUGAGAAAGAGAUUCUUGAACAGACGCUGUCAGACAGGAAGAGGAGGUGGCAGCUGGAACGGGAGCGUCUCCUGAUGGAGCAGGAGGAGCAGCGCAGGAGCAGUGAAGAGGAGAACCAGCAGCUCCGUGAGCAGCUCAGGAGAGCCAGAGCCAGCGCAGACGCACACGCCAGACAGCAGGCUGAGCUGGAUCUAGAGUGGCAGGAGAGGUGUGAUGUGUCUGUGAAGACUCAGACAGUGAAAUUAGAAGCAGUGGUUAAUCAGCUGAAGGAACAGUGUGCUGCUUUACAGAAGAAACAGGAGAGUGAUGGACAGCUGCUCGAGACCCAGCUGGCUGUUCAGAUAAAGCAGGUGAUGAACAGACUGUAUCACUCUCUAAGGGCACAGUUUGCUCUGCAGGGGUCCUACACCGGGGACUCUGUUCUAAAGAUGAUCCUCAAGACCAUCAAGCAUGUGACCAUGCGACUUCUCAAACACCAUCAGGAGCUGGAUCCUGCAGCAGAUAGUGAAGCAGGUGAUGAAGAGGAGCGGUAUUUCUCUGCAGAAGACACAGGGAAGGAGGAGAACGUGGAGGAAAGUGGAAUAAAAUGUGAAAAAGAGGAUUUUCAGGAAAGUCUGGACCAGACCUACAUGACUGCACAAGAAACAACGCACCUGGAAUCAUCUAAGCUGAUUAGUGACUCCUCUUCUUCUAUAGCUCUGGUUGUAGAAGGGCAGCCGGUGGAUACAGAGUGGAGGGAUGAGCAUGGGGAUUAGAAUCAACAUCAUUGUAGCCAAUCACAAUCCAGAAUACAGUCCUCCAUUAAUACAGAGGUGAAAGAUGGUCACUUCAAAGAAAGGGAAACAGAGAAAGUGUAGAAGAACCAUUUUUAAAUUAGUGGGAAGAAGUGGGAGGCAGUGGAGACACUGGAUACUCUUGUGCCUAAUUCUUUAACCAACGUAACUCUGAUAUAAAGAUCAUCAGCUGAAUUAAUCAUGAGUGUUUUGGUUAAACUAAUUUGAAUAAUUAAUAUUGAAAUAAUCCCAUUAUUAUUUAAUGUAAUAGAAUUUUGUUGACUGUUUGUAAAUUGUGUUUCAAUUGAAUUAAACUAAACGUUUGACUUUAAGAAACUUUUAUGAGGGGAACCCAACAUGCCAAAAGUGAUGGCACCUACUCGGAUAAUUCGGAUAAUUCACAUUGGCUGUCCAUGAUGAGCACACUGGCCAUUGUGAAACUGUUAAACCUCAUUCACAAGACAUCACCUCACAACUUAUACAGGUGUGGAUGUUCCCAAGCCAUCCCAUGAGUAAAUAUUUUAUGACUUUUACAUUUACAUAUCCCUGUUAUCCCAUGACUUUUGGCAUGUCAGUGUAUUUCAGAAAUAGGAAUACACAUAUCGUCACUGUCAUGCAGAAACCUUGGAUUUCCAAACUUUUAACACUGCAGGAGAAGGAAAAACUUUGUAAAAUUUGACCUUUCAAAGGUAAUUUUCUUUUUUUAGCAAAUCUUUUGGCCUAUGAGUCUUGAAAUGUCAUGAAAGUCUGAUAACUAAAAAAAUAAAUAAAGAUUCAAAUA